AUGGCUGCGAAAGAGGCGAGUGACUGGCAGAAACGCAGAUCAACAGGGCGAAGAGCGAGAAGCUGGAAAAAACGAACGUCGGGGCAGAAACAAGUGUUUGGACUUGGAGGGUGCGAGAGAAAAGGGCAGCAGCGACUCGACGAUGAGAUUAGGGCGGAUCACGACUCGGAAGGUGCAAAGCUUGGGAGCGGCUGCACAGCGCAAAGCAAAGCACAGAGAUCGCGGGUCCGGCUCGCAGAGACCGAGCGGGAGCUUGAAGAUCGCUUCGAUGUGCGCCAGACAAGACGUGCACCAAGACGACCACGCAGAAGAGCGUCUGAGCGUUCAGCGCCUCCGUCUCACAAACCAAAUCACCACACGCGCCGUUGUCUGUCUGGCCAGCGACGUCCAAAACCAGUGCCAACAUGUUAUGCGCAGCCGCCGUCGCCGCACAAGCCUCCUAUGCCCAUGUCCACGCUUAGCUAA